CACAUUGCAGUCAGGACAAUGCAAACUCAAUAAUCGACUACAUCUCAUGUGCAGGUACUCUUACAGCUACUAGAAACGACACCGCAUUGUAUUCAGGACAAUGGCGUCUUCUGGUCUCUUCUCGCCCAGACUAAUAGACAAGUCUGUCUCAGAGUCUUUUCCACCGUCCUAUUCCGUGCGGCCACUUUCGAGAGACGACUAUAACAAAGGCUUCUUCGAAUGUCUACAUUCCCUCACAUGGACCGGAGAUGUGUCCAACGACCGCUUCGUCGAGCAGUUCGAUUGGAUGGCAGGGAAGGACAUCUUCUACGUCGUUGUGAUCGAGCAUGACGAUAAAGUAAUCGGUACUGGGGUCAUCAUGGUUGGGCGCAAGUACAUAUGGGAUUUGGCGCGGCAAGGGCACAUUGAAGAUGUAUCCAUUAGCGAUGCCCAUCAGGGCAAGGGGCUUGGCAAGCUUCUUUUAAAAACCCUUGCCUCGAUUGGCCAUAACGUUGGCUGCGGCAAGAUCAUUUUGAAUUGCAGCGAGGAGAAGAAGGGAUUCUACGAAAAUUGUGGCUAUGAACACAAUGGUCUUCAGAUGAGCUUGAACUUGCCAGGAUUUACGGAAGAGCCACCGCAAUAGCGGAUGCAUCUUCCUCCAUUUACACCGAUACGAAGACCCGCGGAUGUGCCCCAGCCUGGUCAUGUUCUUCUCCAUCAAAGCACACGUUUUUUCGGAGCAGAUGACAUUGACACAUGUCAACAUCUCGAACGGACCCCGGGCUCUUAAGCAGGAUGUCAGCAGCUCUUCAUGCGUCGGGUAAUCAUGAUGAGCGUCAAGCGAUGGCCACGGGUAUACAUGCUCGAGCAUGAACCAAAUGCAACUCUUCAGUACUACGAUCGAUUGUAUAACCAUCU